GCCAUAUUUAGUUUUGUCCGCGUACUUGCGGGUAGUUUAGCAUUUAGCAUGUUAGCAUAGUUAGCAUACGAAAUGCAAGUUAUGCAGGAGGUCAAUCAAACAACACCAGCAUGUGAGCUAGUGUACUAGUCAUUGCGCACUCACAAAUCAAGUAUUUGCAAUUAUCGAAAUACGAUUGUCGCUCCUGCAGAUAGCCUUAGCUGGAAAAGCGAGUUGUCGGCGUGAAAAUGAGCGGAACAGGCCGUGGUCGCGGCUGGUUGAAUAUCGAAAAGUCGGCGAACUACGAUGUGCGUCCCGGCGACCAAACGCACCCCCAACAAAUAAGCACACCUGUGAACUAUAACGCCCCAAGUGCCCAAAUCGCCCAAGGCUUCGUGAUCAACGCGCAAUAUGAGAAGAUCGUGCAUGCAAUCACGCACUUCAACGACAAUGACGAUGGGAUUCUGCUCAAUCAGAAGUUUCGUUAUGUUAAAGAAGUGUUUGGAGAUGUUUGCAAGAGUAGUACUGAUGCAGAAAAUGCCAUUGAAUAUGUUUACAAUAAAGCAUUACAAGACUCUAACUUCACCAACAAGUUUGUUACUUAUGUGUCACUAGUCACAUUUCGUGAAUUGGUGAUUGCUGAUCUCAAGAUACGGAUUAAAUUUCUCAGCAUACUACAAGAAAGUUACAAUAAUGCUUCAAUGAUGCACUCAACAAAUCCACACAACUUUAGGAAUGCAGUUAGAAUCAUCACAGGUUUCUAUGAGAAAGCUACCAUGGCAACAGUUGAGAGAAACUACAAGAUGCUAGUGCCUGCCAUAUUGCAUUGCCUUCAAAUGUUGCUCGACUCUGAAGUGCAGGAAGAUGUUGAAUUGUUCACAACACAGUUAUACUCAUGUGGUCCCAAAUUUGUGGAAGAUUCUAUUGAUCUAAAAGACCUCGCCAUUAAACUACGAACAAUUCUCGCAUCCAACUCAAGUGCAUUAUCAGAAAGCUCCAAACUGUGGCUGCUUUUCGCUGUGGAUUUAACCAACAACGAGUUUCGAGUACUCUCCACCGAUUUAUUAAACUUCUAUCAGAUGAAGUUGGGUAAUAAAGAUCUAUUCAGUUUUAAGAAACCCUUGACAGUGGAAUGCACAAUCUCAUCCGUGAACAACAAACUGAACGAGUACAGCAGUGACGUAAACGUGCUGGAAAUCGACACAAAUAUCUCCAAACUACAAGUUUCCAACAACAAAUCGCCGAAUGCAGUCGAGAAUAACGACAUGAUGUGGAACGGCAACAAGAGCCAACCACCACCGAUGAAAUACCGCCCCAAGUUAAACUCUGGUGGCGGCAGACCGAUUCUCGGUUCGGGCGCACGCAGCAACUCAAAUCGUAAUCCAAAUCAAGAUACAACCGGCACAUCCAAUUGGCGAAAUCAUAAAGAUGCUUCGUCAAUGGAAGGACGUAAACCGAAGAAGGGCUGGGAACAUGACGACCGCUUCGAAACCGAUUACAAUUAGUUUUUAUCCUACACCUAAGCUUUCUUCUAUUAUUUGGCGAUUCUUACUAUUAAAUUAAGUGGUAUACGUGAUUUUCUACUGUUUAGGUAGGUUAACAACAUUGUGAACGAUUAAUUAAUUAUCGCACAUAUUUUAAAUAUAACUUUAUUUAUUUACAAGCUCGCACAAUGGGACGAGGAAAUUAAGUAUUUGAUGAUUGCUUGAUUGCAUGUGAGAAACUUAAACAAAUUGUAUAUAUUAUUGUUUAUUCCCAUGUUUAUUUGUGGGAAAUGUUCUUAAAUAAUUUGUGGAUGAUAAUGUAGACAUUUUUAUAAUAAGCUAGAUGAGUAAAUAAAUAAAAACAAGUUGUAAACUCAAAA